AUGCCGCCAAUGCAACCUCCAAAUAACAGUCACCAGGAGUGUGGGGAGACAUCAUGUGUUGGUGAUGGAGAUCAACAUGAAAGAGCAGAGAAGGAUGAACGAGUUGUGAGUGACUUUCAGCAUUCAAGCAUGCAACAAGUAUUUUUGGAUGAUACAUCAUCCGUGAAUAUUUCUUCUCGGGAUGAGAUGAUAAAGCAAAAAACACAAUCCAAUCAAAGUAGUUCAUGUAGGAAUAAUCAAACAAGGCAACUAUCUAAAAAUUCAUCAGUAUAUGGCAAUGAUUUGUUGGAUAUUUCUCUUCGAGAGGAAUUACUGGAAAAAGGAGAGGACAUUGGCGUACAUGGAAGAAACAUGUUUCAUUUCGGAAAUGAAAAUGACAAUAAUUUGGAUAAUAGUUCUACGAGUUCUUUGUCUGUGGAAUCAUGUGGAGCUUCUCCUCAUAAAAAGAUGGUCAAUCAUGAAGAAGAAGAGGAAGCCGUGGAGGAAAAUAGUAUUUCAGAAGAGGCAAAUUUAUUCCCAAUCUCAUGUACAGCGUGCAGAAGAGGACACAAAAAGUGUGGGAGACAAUUACCUAUUUGUUUGGAAUGUAAAGCAAGGGGAAAGGUGUGUCAAUAUCCAGAACCAAAAAAACGUGGAAGAACUGUUGGAAGUAAAAACAAACAUCCAAAGAGGAAGAGUGUCACCAUGACAAUAAUGGGAAUUGACAGUUUUAAAAAGAAGAAUUCUGGAUAUAAUAUUACCCUUUCACAAUUUGACACUAGUCACACAGUUAAUGAAUCUCAACAAUUUUCCAUUCAACAACCACCAAUUCAAGAAUCAAAUGGAAAAAGAAGUGGUUCUUAUGAAAAUUUCCAAUUAACAUCUGUGAAAAAGAGAAAGGUGGGAAAAUCUAAGAAAUCUUCUUCGACUACAAAUAAUGAAAUAACUCCUGAACCUCCUCCAUCUGUACAUACCUCCACUACUCAACCCAUUUCGAAUAAUGAAGUUAAUUCUUCAUUAUUUGCAAAUGCUCCUCCGUUUUCAUUUAUUCCCACUCCAAUCAACAAUGGAGCAGAGCUUGUAAAUACUAAUCAACAGCAACAACAAAAUAUUUAUCAUCAACAACCACCAUACCGACAACAAUAUUUCAAUGAUAAUAGUUCAAUAAUGAGCGGAAUGCAGAAUAUUCAACAAUUAGAUGUUGAGAGUCUUGUCAAUACCAUUAGAAGUGUACUCACUACUAAUUGUGAUCAACAAACAAUUGAAACUCUUCUUGGAUUAAUUGUUCAAAAUGGAAAUGCAGGAAUAAUAAUGCCAAUUAUUAGUCAAAUGUUAAUUCAGAGACAACAGACUGAUUUUAUCAGUCACCAACAACCUCAAAAUGCCUCUUACAAUUCUCCAAAUAAUGGAUCAAACAAUGAUGUACGAGAUUCAAUCAGUACCAUUCCACAAGUAAUAGAUGAUGCCGUUUAUUCCACAUUUGAAAGAAAUACUCUUCUCCUGCCAGUUAUUCUUCAACAACAAACUAUUGAACUCUUUUUUGGAAUGGUCAGUGCUGGCGUGCCAAUCAUAACAAGAGAUGUCUUCAACAAGAUUAUUGUAAAUAAGGAAGCGUACGGAACCAUGUAUCAGUACACAAGUUUACUCUACUCCAUUCAAUCGUUUUGCUUCCAGAGGGCAGGAAAUAAUACCAAUUCUGUAAGGGCAUUUUACAGAGGAAAAGAGCUCUUGUGUAUGGACUAUAACUAUUCAUCUCCUCCAAGUUAUUUGAUUGCUGCCAUAUGUUGUUAUCUAGGAUCAUUUGCAGCUGCAUCCUAUAUGAAUGAUGAAGCUGCUUCAUUGGUGGAAACGACUGGAAAGUUUCUCUCACAGCAAACUCAACUUGAUGAAUCUACAAUGUGUCUUAAGAGAGGUUAUCAACUCGUUCUUCUAACAUUGGGGGAUGUUGAUAAUGAGGAACAAUAUAUUCCAAACUUUAUGCAAAGAAAACUGAUAGAAGGAUAUAGAUACAGUUCUAGUCAGAGUGUAAUUCCUGAUAGUUUGAAUAAUAUUUUGAAAAAGCCAAUUUCACAAGAAAAUGUACCCGACUAUUUACAUUUUGUGAAUGCCAUUGAACAGGAGUAUAAUGCCUAUCAUUCAAAGAAGAAUAUUCCAGAAAGGGGAAGAUUACUAGGAAAUUUACUCAUUUCAAUCAGUGUCUCAUCCUACAGAUUAUUGAUAUUUAGAGAGUUGGGAUUUAGAGGAAGAUCUUUAAAACAGUCAGCAGCUAAUCUGUCAAAUUUAGCUAAAAGCCCCUUAUUUCCUCAUAUCCCUGCAUUCCUCUUGACUGGGUUGUCCAAGUCGUGGAGAUCCCAUUUGGAAGCAGUUGAAGAGAUUGAGAAUGAUUUUUUCAAAGCUAUUCCAAUCGAUGUGCAAGAGUUUAUCUACUUUCAUGAAAUGCUUUCUCUAGAUCUUUAUUCUGCUAAUUUGAUUGGAAAGAGGUUCACUAAAGUAUUCAACGCUUUUGGAAAAAUCAUUCAAAGGAUGAUUGACUGUACAAAGAGAAAGGACUUUAUUUUGGAAAAGUUGAAACUCACAAAUUCUAAUCAUCAGAUAAAACUGAACUUGGAUUUGUCCAGUUUUGAAUAA